CGCUUUAUCGAUUAUCAGAAGAAACGAAGCGGUCUGCUUGGUUUAAUAAUGUGUAUUCCUUAUUAGUGUAAAAAUGAAGAAGCCUAAAUAUAAUCAUAUAGUAAAGCAACCUAAACAGCUGUAUGAAGUUUCUGUGGAAGACCUCUGGGAUGAAAUAAGUCAUUUGAAAUCAUAUGUUUCUAAUCUAAAAGAUGAAAACAAAAAACAGAAAAUCCAGUUGCUUAAGAUGGAGGAAGCAGUGCGCACAAGAGAUCAAGAAAUUGAACACUUGAUGAAUCCAAAAAAUAAUUCACGAAUCAUGCAGAUCAUUUCAGAUAAAGCAGUCACUCUGAUAAUGGAGUUAACAAAACGGAACAAACACUUGGAGAAAAAAAUUGUUGAGAGAGAUAGUUUUAUACAGAAACUGCAGAAAAUAAAUGACGCAGCUUUUCAAAAUGUACAGGUGUCAAGAGCACAGAAAUCAUUGCACCACAAGGAGGAAACAAGAUCAACAAGUGCAUUGAGCAACUUGAUAGUAACAUCAAGUGAUUUACCUACACCAUCCGAUAUUUUUCUUGAUGUGGAUAGUAGCGGAAUCAGUUGUCCUGUUAGUUGUGUGAAAUUUUCCACAUGUUCACCAACUUCACAUGCCAGUGAUGCAUCUAUUACGAAAGAAACUUCACUUUUCAGAAAUGAUGGUGAUUCUCAGCCAGGGAUUGCAGGAGAAGAUAUUCAGAAUGUAAGUGAAACAAUACCAGUAUCAGAAAUGAGUGAAAAGAAGUCAGUACACAUCAGCACAGCAACAGGUGCAGAGAAUCCAGAUUGCUCAGAUUUUGAAAUUUUUGAUAAUUUUUGUUCUACAAAUGAUCCUGAGGAAACAUUAGAUGACAGUGAUGUAAAAAGAUUAAUUAAUUCUGUUAGAAAAUUAAAGAAACAGAGGAAGAUUAUGUUACAAGUAAUAGCAGACAAGAACAAUGAAAUUCAACUUUUGGUGUCUCAUAUAAAGACACUCGAAGAAAGGCAAGACAGAAUAUGUGAAUUAAAAAAGCUGAGAGCAUGUGAAAGAAGCAGAUACACUGGAGACUAUGGGUUUACAGAACUGUUACAGAAUGAUGAAGCUGGAAAGCUACCUCCAGAUUCUAGAAAAGAAGCUCGGAAACGAAGAAAAAUUGCUCCCUCUGCUGUUAAAGUACAAACAGCAGUAGCACCUGUUUCUGAUUCUCAUAUUGGUACAGGAAAAAUUCAUAAACAACCAAAGGAAUUUCCUAAACAGAACAUUAAGAUUUGCAGGUGGCAUUUUCCUUCUCUGCAUUUAAUUCAAAAGGGACAUAAAUUAUAGUGAAGAUCAACAGAACAACAAAACUUCAGGUGUGACUCAUCAUUAUAAGUGAAAAUGGAAACUACAGAUUACAUGAAACUGCUUAAUGAAGAAGUUAUGGGAAUUAAGUAUAAAAAAAUCAUCUGUAUGAAAUAACAUUGAUAUUAUGAGAACUGUUAAAACAAAU